AUGCCCUCCUCCAGCUCCAGCGGGUACAGCCGUCACUCCCGCGGCAGCGGAAGCCAUCGCUCUCGCUCCUCCAUUCAGCAACUCAUCACCUCUCUUGAGACCCAUCGCGUAAACACCUUGACAGAGCUCUGCCGAAUCGAGCGCAUCGCUUCCACCUGUGAAGAUGAAGAUGAUGCUCUUGCCUUCCAAGGCCCCAUGACCGCCGCCUGGGACUAUUACGUCUCGAGCAAUCAGCUUCUCACCGAGCUUCGCGGCCUCACCCGUGCCUAUCCCUUUAGCGGCGAUGUCGUCCGCGACGCGCACCGGCUUGUGCGGAACGAUCCGGAUUCGAACCGGAGCUGGAACUUGGCCUGGCUGAUUCUGGUCAAGAUACAGGAUGAGGGUCUGAUUUCUGUGUACGCUGCCGUUGAGGCGAAUCGUCCAGAGAUGUGGGGUGGUCGACGGCCAGUGGCGGAGGAGGCGGAGCUGCUCUGCGGGUAUUUUGAGCAGGAGUGGAAUCGUGGCGUUGAAACGAUGCUGAGGCACUGGACUGUAAGCCCGACGUGGUACUAG